GUAUAUCGUCUUGUUUCUCGCCUCUUUCCUUCAGGGAGAGAUUAGAUGGAAAGCACAUGAUAUAAAUUAGACAAAAAGUGUCAAAGUGAUUUGCUAGCUAUAUCCCAGCUCGUUCACCUUGAUGAUGACAAUGCUAGCACUGCUAAUGCUGUUGCUACUCAUGAGUGUGGGAAAUGGUCACAAUGACACCUCCAUCCAAUGUCCCUUCCGUCUAUCUUAUGCAGAUAACAGCACUGAUCCGAUGAUUGAAUUUCCAGCACUUCCAGUCCCAGUAAGGUUCCUCGUCACCGAAUUAGAUUGCGAAUUACGAAUGAUGCUUCUAUCUUAUCCCGAGAACUGUCUUCCUAUGUUAUUUGUAAGAUACAACUUCUCAUUAUUUUACCCUUUACAAUACGAUUCGUCCUUAAUCCAGAAUAUUACUUUCUUCAAUUGCUCUUCACUUGGAGACAUGUUGUCUUGCCCAGUUUUUGUUGUUGAGUCUAGCCAAAGUGUCCUUGAUUUGAACCUUCAGUACUGCACCAAAAUGUUUGAUCAAGUUUUGCCACUAUCAACAUUUUAUUUACAGCAAAACUUAAUCCCAUUGGAAUGGUCGGAAACAGAUUUUGAUAGUGGAUGCUUAGAAUGUAAGCACAAGUCAAAAAAGAAGAUGCCAGUGUCCGCAAUUUUGGCCGCUGCAGGUGUAGUUGUUGGUUCAACUUUGCUGGCGUUUCUGCUCGGUGCCCUCUUUCGAAUAUAUCGGUAUUAUAGGGCGAAAGGAGAAGACGAUACAAGAGUCGAAAACUUUUUGAAGGAUUACAGGGCUUUGAAGCCAACCAGAUUCUCCUAUGCUGAUAUCAAGAGAAUCACAAACCUGUUCAAAGAAAAGCUAGGUGAAGGAGCUCAUGGAGCUGUCUACAAAGGUAAAUUAUCCACAAAAAUUCUGGUUGCUGUGAAGAUCCUCAACAACACUGAGGUAGAUGAUGGGACAGAGUUCAUCAAUGAAGUAGGAACCAUGGGAAAAAUCCACCAUGUCAAUGUUGUUCGCUUGCUUGGCUACUGUGCUGAUGGGUUUCACAGAGCUUUAGUUUAUGACUUUUUCCCAAAUGGGUCACUGCAAAAUUUCAUCUCUGCACCAAACAACAAGGAUAAUAACAACUUCCUUGGAUGGGAAAAGUUGCAAGAGAUUGCUAUAGGCAUAGCCACAGGAAUUGAUUAUCUUCACCAAGGCUGUGAUCAGAGAAUUCUUCACUUUGAUAUCAAUCCUCAUAACAUCUUGCUUGAUGACACUCUCACUCCGAAGAUUACUGACUUUGGUUUGGCCAAGCUGUGCUCCAAAAAUAGAAGCACUGUGUCCAUGACUGCAGCCAGAGGAACACUAGGCUACAUGGCACCUGAAGUUUUUUCUAGAAACUUCGGCAACGUGUCUUACAAGUCUGAUAUCUACAGUUAUGGGAUGCUAUUGCUAGAGAUGGUUGGAGGGAGAAAGAAUAUUGUAAACAACACUACAGGUCAAGAAAAUAAUAAUGUUCAAGUUCUGUAUCCAGAUUGGAUACAUGGUUUGGUUGAAGGAAGAGACAUGCAUGUCCCUAUUGAUGAUGAUCAUGAAGAGGGAAAUUUUGAAAUUGCAAAGAAACUAGCGAUUGUGGGACUUUGGUGCAUUCAGUGGCAUCCUAUGCAUCGUCCAUCCAUGAAGACUGUGAUGCAGAUGCUCCAUGGAGAGGGAGAUAAGUUAAAAGUUCCCACCAACCCUUUCGAGCCAAAAGCUUCAGCUAACACAAGCACUAGUAGUACUAUUGUUGCUGCAAAACGUCUGAAUUUGGAGCUGGAAGUGAUUCAAGAACAAGAUUAGAUUUAACACAGGUUUUUAUUAAUUAGUUGGCACUUUUUAGCAAUGUAGUUUAGACGACAAAGACCAUGAAUUUAUGGGUAACGUAAUUUCAGUUGUUUUUUAAGAAAUAUACUAGUUUUAUACA